GCGUGCUCGCACGGGGAACAUCGCUCGCGCGUCUUCAUCAAGGCCCAUUUUGGUCUUUGGUCCUUUCCACUGACGGGCUUAUUCGCGACGCAAGAUUUCGCGGUGACGGUGAGAGAGGAGAGUCGUUUCUACGCAGAAGAGAGCCGAGCAUGUCCGACUAAAUGAGAGUUCGUCGCGAAUAAUACGAAAAUAUUCGAACCCUCUUCCUUUCCUCCUUGGUUCUCCUCUUUCUUCCCUCCUUAUUUACUUGUCCUCGACGCGGAUCGCGAGUAUACAGUCCGCGAGCGUUUCGUAAUUACCUAGGGAAUGGACAUGGCUGACCGUUUCUGGAGACUGGCCCUGUGCUGGAUAUGCAUCGUCGGGCUUGUACGCGCCAAUGUACAAAGCAAAGUGAGAUGUUCCAAGCAGAUGAUGGAGGUGGAUAUAGUGAGGAGUAGUCCGCAGGCGAAGAUAUAUCUGCAACAAUUUAAACAUUUUCCAGAUGAGGCUUGUAAGCCACAAUUUCACGAUGGCGUUGCCACGUUCAAAUUAUCAUUGCUGGAACAGGACAUGUUGCGAUGCGGUAUUACAAGAGUCCUUAACAAAGUCACGGGUCAAAAGAUGUACUAUCAUCGGGUAAUAGUGGAGGAGCCAGCGGAUUCUAGCAAACACACGUUCACUGUGAAAUGCGUAAUCACCGAAGUCGUCGUGGAGCCAGAAAUCGCCAUCGCAUCCAAUCAUACGGCGGUACGACGAAGCGUUCUUCCGGCGGGCUUUCAGGAACCUGAAGUGAUCGAUAUACGUGAAGAAAUUUCGGGAACGGCACCAGUUCCGAUUCUCGGUGUCGGAGUGAGGCAGGGUGGAGUCUUGGUGACCGGUGAACUCAACGUUAGUCCUGGUACGCCGUUGCAGAUGGAAAUAUUUUUGGACAAUGACUCAGCCCCGAUCUACGGUCUGCUAGUGACUUAUAUGCUGGUUACCGAUACCAAAACACAGGAAGAAACAAUUAUUAUUAACGGGUGUUCCGUCGAUCCUUACCUGUUUGAAAACUUUAAUACCGUGGACGGCGACUUUUUGACGGCGAAAUUUCGAGCUUUUAAAUUUCCGGAAAGUACUUACGUCCAGUUUCGUGGUACCGUCAACGUCUGCUUAGAUAAAUGUCCAGGGAUCGAAUGCAGCAAUGGCCAAGUCGGAUUCGGUCGAAAAAGGCGAGCUAUUGAAAUGUCAAACGAUAAGAAUAAAUUGUUCGAGGUAACCAUGUCGACAUUCAUCAAGGUCGAUUCCGCGGAUGACGUCAUGAUCAAUCAAGUACUCUCGGAGUUCAUUAGAAAGGGAAAGAACAGGACGCACACGAAGGAGAGGGCAGUGGUCGCCGAAGAAAUCGCAGAGCAAUCCGAUCCGACGACAAUUAGGACGCACGAGAGAGCGUUUCUCGCGGAAGAAAUUAAGGAACAAUUCAAAUACAAGGUCACCGAGGUGGUAGUCAAUGGUUCUUCGUGCAGUACGCUGAGCUUGAGUCUUCUCUUCGUCUUCCUUUGCUUCUACAAAUUCCUAUAGAGAAAUUGAAAUUCGCGUUUCCUGAGACGUAAUUGCUAAUUGUAAAUAAGACGCAAUCUGAGAUUAAAAGCGUGAAGAAAAAUAAAAAGUAUCGCUUUUGAGAGAACUUUAUAGUUAAUUUGCUCACUAAUAAUCGAAUUUUCGAUCAUGAUGGCAGCAGAUCAUCAAUAUAUAUAUGCAUAAUGAUGAUCGCAUAUACAUAUCGAUUGUAUACAGUCAAAAUGUGCCUAGAAAAGCAUUGAAAGAAAUUAUUUUGUAAUGCUAAUAUUCUAAAGUAGUGUAAUUUCCAUCUUCAAGAAGAAAUUUGUAUCUUCAUAUAAUAUAAAACUAUCGUUCGCAUUAAACUUGCGUGUGAUAUAAAGACAUAUUCAGUUAUUAGACGAUAAAUUCGGCAAAAUUAAAUUGUCGAAUUUAAAAUUCACGUGCGAAAGGAACUUGAAAAAUGAAUACACUUUUAUUUCUUGGCGCUAACAGUAAGCAGUAACAUAAGAAAUUUCUCCACUUUGCGACCGCCAAAUUUUCAAUUACAUGUGACAUUUCAGAGUUUCCCAAUAUUUUUUUUAUUACUCAUCUCAAUUGCCGUAUUUCUUGAUGAAAUAACUGCCAGAAAAUUGGCCUUUGCGAGUGGAGAAAGCGAAAGACCUAGUCGUGCGACGAGGUGUAAUAUUGUAAUGCAACUUAAUUAUUUAGUAAAUAAUUAUUAAUUGUGUAUUUCGUAAUCCCAGUCUAAUUAUUACGUAAAUAAAUGUAAAAUAAUUAAAUAAAUCGACAACAGACAUGA